AUGGUGGCGCGCGACGUCCUGUGCAAGGACGCGGGAUGGUGGUGGCGGUCGCAGGCAAUUCGUGAUGGUGGUGACGGGGCUGAGGGGUCCGGAAGGAAGGCCAAAUCAUCUCGUGAGUGCAAGAGGAAAGACAGACCGUCGGAGAUUGCGGUGACUGCGGUGAUUGCGGGGCGAGCGGCAGGGGAUCGCGGUUUCAGGGGAAGUUGCGGUGGCUGCAGGAAAGUCGCGGUCGUAGGGGGCGAGCGGUGGGAUUUUGUUAAAUUUCUGAGAUGGCAGAAUGUCGGAUACAAGACUGGAAGCACACUUCAGCUCCAGAAUCAGUUUCUAGACAUGAAGCAUCAAUACCAAGAACAAGGCAAAGCUCAGCGGGAGCUCUCACCUCGAACAAAAAACCAAGCGAAAAAUCUUUGGACCAAGCCUCCAAGACGUGAUGCUUGUCCUGUUGAAUUAAAAUUUUGGGGCACCGAUGCUCGGCAUGAUCUCCUUUCUUGGGCUGAAUCAGAGUUCUUGCGUUGGUGGAUUCCCAAAUAUUGCCCUCUUCUCCCUUCUUCGAAGGCAACUAUUGCAGCUGCAUUUAGUCCAGAUGGGAGAGUACUUGCAUCCACACAUGGUGACCAUACUGUCAAAAUAAUUGAUUGCCAAACUGGGAAAUGCUUGAAUGUACUGUUUGGACAUCAGCGCACUCCAUGGGUGGUUAGAUUCCAUCCUCAGCGUUCUGAUAUUCUUGCUAGUGGAAGUUUGGAUUGUGAAGUUCGUCUCUGGGAUGCUAAAACAUCUCGCUGCACUGCAGUACUGCCCUUCUAUAGGCCAAUUGCAUCAAUUGCAUUUCAUGCAACAGGGGAACUUCUGGCAGUUGCAUCAGGUCACAAAUUGUUUAUAUGGGACUGUAAUAACCGAUUUGAAACUUUGGAACCUCCAAUCAUACUAAAAACCCGCCGUUCACUGAGAGCUGUGCAGUUUCACCCCCAUGGUGCGCCAUAUCUACUUACAGCAGAGGUUCACAGCCUUGAUUCUGAAGAUUCAACGAUGACCCCUGCACUUCUGAGCAAUUAUUCCUUCAGAGACACACCUCUCCUUGGUGGUUCUGGGGUAGAUAACUUGAUUAGUGAACUAUCGUACAUGCAUAAUUUUGAGCAGGUUGAUGCUUCAUCAUCAGUUCCAGUCACUACUGGCAGUUUCGAUGGGUCAAGGCUACAUGAUACCGCAGGCCAUCAUCUGAUGACCUCUGUACCUGGUAUUGGGAGUUCUCUUCUGGGUACUCAUACUGCUGAAGCUGAAGCUCCUGCUAUCUCAUUAAGUGUUGGGGCAGAACAAACUACGUCUCUGCUUGGUGGUGGCACCGAAUUACCUUGUACGGUGAAGCUAAGAAUAUGGCGUCACAACAUGAAGAAUCCAUUUAGCGCAUUAGGGCCUGAGGCAUGCCUCUUGACAAUUCCUCAUGCUGUACUUUGCAGCGAAAUGGGUACCCAUUUUUCCCCCUGUGGGCGAUUUUUGGUUGCUUGUGUUGCAUGUGUGCUGCCACACAGAGAUGGUGACCAUGGAAGUCAAUUGCAUGAACAUUAUGAUUCUGCUGGGGCUGGAACAUCACCAACUCGCCACACCCUUCCAUCUCGCCAAAUUAUAUAUGAGCUUCGGGUUUAUUCUCUUGAAGACGCAACAUUUGGAACAGUUCUUGCAUCUAGAGCAAUAAAGGCUGCUCACUGUUUAACUUCCAUCCAGUUUUCACCCACAUCAGAAUACAUACUAUUGGCAUAUGGCCGGCAACAUAGUUCACUGUUGAGGACCAUUUUCAUCGGUGGGGAGACCAGAGUUCCGAUGUACAGAGUCUUGGAGGUCUUGUUUAUGGGACUAAGCAAGGGAAGGUUAGGUUUCUUCAGCACCAUGGUGCAGUAUCCACUCGCUGGGGAGAAUGCUCUUGAGGUGGUUGAUUGUUAUUACAGGAACUUAUGCUCAACUGAGACCAUACUUUCAUCUGUCUCCAAGACUGAGAGGGCCUAA